AUGUCUCGGACCAAGAAAGAGAAAGCCAGAGCAACGUUUAAACUAGCACGCAAAACAAGAACCAAGACCAAGAAGCCCAAGUUCCUCAGUCUCCGCCUGAAACUUUCCUUAGAAAACUCACCAACCUCUUCCCAAAUGACGCACAACCACAAAAACAACCAACACGAUGAUGAUCAUGACAGUAGCCAGCACCAGCUGAACCUGUUUCCUCUACACCCAAAAAACCUAGUGGAAGACAAAGACAUACACGACGAGAACAUGGCCUUCCUCUACGACACACCUGGCGCGACCAUUAACAGCCUCCGUGCCAUGGCUUCGACGUCCUCCGAGGAUGACUCGCUCUUUUCCUCGUCGUCACUAAUGUAUGAUUGCGGGGGAAAGGAUAGGGAUCAGGAGCGUACUGUUGAUGUCGGUGGCAAUUACUGUAACAGCACGAGCUCGAAGAUGGUAAGGACGACCAUGAGGAACAAAGAGAGAGACACGAGCUAG